CCGUGCUGAAACCCACGGCCGCGUGGUGCUGUCAGCUGUAUGGAGCCACUUUGUCCACAUUUGGCCUAUUAAUGGUCUCGUUAAUGAUGAACAUGAAGCGCAGCGUAACGUGUGAGCGGGCAGGUAGCUUGUUGCGCAGCUCUCAGGUCAGCUGGUAGCAGCUCACAGACCACAGAUGGGGGCGAGUUGUUGAAUCAUGCGUGUUGACAGCGGCACUAAAACACCAUGGUAGGUACAAUAUACGACCAGAAGCAGUCUGACAUUGCCCAGGAAUGAAUAAACCGACUACACACAUUGUUACUGAGACUAUCUGAAGAAGUUGGGGAGUAUUUCGGGAGAUACGCCGCCGCUCUGCUCUCCCACUCUCCCGGACAGCCGAAGCCACUUAUACGGCGUGUGGUUGAAUCCAGAUUUUCGCUUUUCCCCAACAUUUUUUCCCCCGGACACUCGACGAUUUGAGACAUAAAUGAUGAAGUUUAAGCCCAACCAGACCAGGACGUACGACGGUGAAGGGUUCAAGAGAAGAGCUGCGUGUUUGUGCUUUAAAAACGAAAAAGAGGACGAGGUGCUGCUGGUGAGCAGCAGUCGUCAUCCAGACCAAUGGAUCGUGCCUGGGGGAGGGAUGGAGCCUGAGGAGGAGCCCUAUGGGGCCGCUGUCAGGGAGGUGUACGAAGAGGCUGGUGUGAAGGGAAAACUUGGCAGACUACUGGGGAUUUUUGAGCAAAAUAAAGACACAAAGCACAGGACGUACGUCUACACCCUCAUAGUGACGGAGACACUGGAAGACUGGGAGGACUCUGUCAACAUUGGAAGGAAGAGGAAGUGGUUCAAAGUUGACGAAGCCCUCAGGGUGCUGCAGAGCCACAAGCCUGUCCAUGCAGAGUACCUACACAGGCUCACCAACACCUGUAACCCCACCUGCAGUCCUGUGUGUAGCCAGACUAACGGCAACACCCCAGGCUCCCAAGUGACAGACAACAACACGCCUCACUAUGUUGUGUCUCCACACAGGGCUCAGAUAUAGCCAACAGAUAGGACCAUCACCAUCAUGCAAGCAGUUCUUCUAAGAGGACACAGGGGUGAAAGAAAGACUUCUGCAUUGAUUGCAUUACUAACGCAGCCUCUUAAUAUGUACAGUAUGGACUUCCUUGAAGUUGAUUUGAAACCCAUUUUGAGGGAGUGCCAAAAAUGUUUUACAAGUAUAUUUAAGAUUUUAUAUGUGAUUUUUUUAACAACUAUCACCAGCUAGUAGAGCAAAUGUGUCUCUUUUUUAAAAUGUUCAAUGGAUUUAUUUCCUGUUUAGUCUUCUAUGCUGAAUAUUUGAGUAGCAGUGCACACAAGUGUUUGGGCGGUUUCCUGGGAAGUGUUUGCUCUUAGAGGAAGUCGUAUCGCCACAGUGACUCAGUGCCAAAUAAUGCUAUUCUGCAACUUUUUGAAAAGGAGUAGCUUCAUGUGUAUGUAUCACUUAUUACAAUUCAGGUUUUUACGAAUAAUGACACUUUCAAAAUGAAUGUCUUCUUGUCUCAUGAGGUAUAUUGCCUAAAGACAGCUGAGGGCAAAGACUGCUUUGAUACAAGUGUGAACAACAUUGCUCCUCCUGUAAUUACCACCUUACAAGUAUACACAGCAUCAUCUCUAAUCACUUGUAACAGUGUAACACUGUAAUAAGUUAGGUGAAAUAAACAUCCUUUUGUUUUGUACAUUAAGUUACUGUAGUCAUACUGACUUUUAAAUUGAACAAGUUACAGCAUAUUGACACAAUUAAAUGUAUUUGAGUUUGUGUAUAGUGGAGCAGAACUGUUGUCAGCAUGAUCAAAAAUCACAAAUGUGCCAAAGAUACAGUAUUGAACACUAGACUGAAUCAUUCAAGAAAUAAUACAUAGCUGCAGGAGACACUAUUAUUAUUAAGUGCAUUUGACAAAUGUGGAGUCCUAUUAAUGUCUCAGAGGCCUUGGUUUUAGAGGAUAAUUCCAAUGUGAUUCAGCCUGAUUCUUGUAAGUGCCUUCACAAACAAUAGUAAGCUGUGUUUAGUUUGUAGACACUACAACUAUUGUAACAGCACUGACUGGAAGCAGUACAAUCUGCCUUACACACAUGCUGUAGAAACUAGCCCCUUUUUUUCCUCAACUGUGGUUAGAUUUAAAUAAUAGUAUGUUGAAGGAAACUUGCAAAUGUUACAAUUGAAUGUACAGUAUUUAGUAAGCAUUGAAUUGAUUGAAUUUAUUUAUUUGUGUGUCAUAGGGAAAUACUCCCUCCCACCAUGAACAGGAAACUAUGACAGGAAGGCAUGUCAGUGUGCCAGACUUUUUUUUUUGUCCCCAGAAAGAGAGCGCAGAUUAUGUGAUAAAUUAAAUGUAUUGACUAUCAUGGGCUCAUAGGGAAGAUUAUUGAUUAACCUUUUUUUCUAUUUGUGUGACUGGAAUAUUCUGCUGUGUACCACAAUGUUGUAUAUAAAAUCUUUAAAUAAAAAACCUUUAUUGAU